UUUAAAAUGUACAAAAGUAAUUUCUCAACGAGAAGGUAAAGAAGGGAAGGGAACUCCACUCUCUCCUUCGUACGUCUCCUCUGAAUUCAAACCUCAAAUUCUGUAACCGGCGGCGGGGCGCCGGCGAACACUUGUGGUUAUCGCCUCGAGCAAUUGGAAAUUAGCAGAUGGCACUUAGACGAUUGUUAGGCUUUUCAGAUGGCGAGAUCAUGAGAUCAGAUGCUAAGCCUUGUUCACAGUUGAUGAAACAGACUGCUGGGUUAUGUUCUGUUGAAGGAGCACUUGGAUUCUGGGUUCUUUGUAGAUUACAUUAUGGUCCAAGAAUUACAGUACCUAGGAGUCUUCGUUGGGCAGCUUGUGGAGCAGCAUCAAUGAGUGCAACCUCGGCUUUGCUUGUCCGAUUGUUUAGUCCAGAAUGUGAACCCCAGAAUAUAGCUGCUUAUGACAGAGGAAAGUUGUAAGCAGUGAAGGUUUCACUAAAUGAUAGGAGCUUAAAUGGAACAAACCGAACUACAUAGAUGAAAAGGAACGAAGUAAAGUAGAGAUUGAAAGACCUAAUAAUUAGGAAGCUAUUUAUACAUGAGUAAGAUGUCACUGAAAUAUCUCAUUAGUCGAGUGGAGAAAGAGAGGAAGAUGAUAUGGAAACCAUAUAUUAUAUAUUGCUUUUUAGGGGCAGUUCUGGAAUUAUCUUUAAAGCAACUUCAAUUCCAUUUGUCGAUUAGACAUUUUUUUUGUAAUGUUCUAAACAAUAUAUCUCUCUUUCCAACCCAUACAUUAGUUGGGCACAUAUCAAAUAUUCCUUUUAUUUAUGCAAAUAUGAACCAUGGACACACCCUCUCAACUAUUAUAGUGAAGUUGUUCAUUGGCUUUCAUUAA